UAUAUUAUACAAUUAUUAGCUACAUUAGAAAAUAAAUAAAAUCACUAGUAAAAACACAUUAGUAUCGAUAUUUUUUAUGUUAGGAUCGAUCCUUUUCGAUACAACCUCUGUAUCGAUACUUCAGGAUCGAUCCGCCCACGAUAUUUAUCAAUAUCAAACAGCAGUUGAACUUGGGCGGGUUUACAUUGGCUUGAGCUUUUUCGUGUUUCGGUCAGGAUUUUCUUAAGUAGAUAAAACGUUAGAGGUCCAUCCAUUUUAAUACGAUGCUUUUAUUUAUUUGCGGAGGAGUCGUCGCCGUUUAUCUGCUGUUAUGCGUGACGGUUUUUAAAAUACCUAAAUGUAAAAGCACAGCCAAACUGCACGGGAAAACGGUUAUUGUGACGGGAGCAAACACGGGUAUCGGCAAAGCCACAGCCUUGGAUUUGGCGAGGAGAGGAGCUCGGGUGAUAUUAGCGUGCAGGAAUGAAAGCAAAGCCCAGUCUGCGGUCGCGGCCAUCCAAAGGGAAACAGGAAACAAAGAGGUGUUGUAUAUGCACUUGGAUCUGGCAAGUCUGCAGUCUGUGAGGUCAUUCGCUGAGAACUUUCUUAAGAACGAAUCCAGAUUAGAUAUCCUCAUCAACAAUGCAGGACUUUUAAUGGGCGGCAAGACUAAAGAUGGCUUCGGAAUGAUCUUCGGUGUCAACCACCUCGGUCACUUCCUGUUAACUGUGCUGCUAUUGGAUCGUCUAAAAGAGUGCGGCCCCAGCAGAGUUGUCACUGUCUCGUCAUUGGCUCAUAUGUGGGGGAAGGUUGACUUUAACUGCAUCAACACUCAUAAAGAUCUUGGGUUAGGAAAUUCUGAUUUUGCCUCGUUGAAGUUGUACAGUCACAGCAAGCUUUGCAAUAUCCUCUUCACUCACGAGCUGGCCAAGAGACUCAAAGGCACUAAUGUCACCUGCUACAGUCUUCAUCCAGGAGCCAUCAAAACUGACAUCAACAAUAACAGCAGCCUGUUGUGGCGGCUGGUAAUGACCCCAGCUAUGCUGCUCUUCUUUACCGAUGUGGAUUCUGGAGCUCAGACGUCUCUUCAUUGCGCACUUCAAGAGGGUCUGGAUCCCCUGAGCGGAUGCUACUUCUCGAAGUGUGCCGUGGGUAAGGUUCCCGCUAAAGCCAGAGAUGAUGCCACAGCCAAAAAACUUUGGGAAGUCAGCGAGAGGCUCUGCGGUUUAGCAUAGGCUUACUGUGUGCCACUUUAUGUCCAUUUAUAUAGAAUUGCAUUUAUUCAGAGUUUCCUGUGUACAUCUUCAAUAAAAACAAACUUUAGGUCCCAUUAACUAAUAAUUGUGCACAAAUUGCAUACUUUUAGUGAUCAGACACAUAUACAUGAGCUUUCGGCACACGGGGACCCGAGUUUGAGUCCGACCCUGGUCAUGUCCCGAUUCCACACCCCGUCUCUUACCCACAUGUUCCUGUCUGCCUCCACUGUCCUAUGGAGAAAAGCCCCCCCUCCAAAAAUUUUUUGUGUACUUUAGUUCAUCUGUGAAAUGUUUUUCUUGAGUCACAACAGGUACGCACUAAAAUUUGUGCAUCUCCAUAUAAGGGCUUUCCGCAAAACCUCCCCACACAGCUAUUUGUUAUUGUGAAUGUGUCUUUGUAUUCUCUAAAGAUGAAUUUGAGGGCAAAUGCAAUGUCUACAAAUAGUCAAAUGGUAGUUUUUUCAAAACCACUUAUACAAACAGAAUGUCAGACUAUGCAGAGUCAGAUUCAUUAAAAUUUUAUGCAGAAACUUUCAAAAACUUCAGAUCAAGCUAUGUUCAAGCUAAUUCUUUUUCUCAGUUUGUUUUGCAGGGUCACUUAAUUUAGCAAUUUCUGAAAUACAUGAAUACAUCAAUAUUUUUGGUUAAUUCUGUGCUUCUAAGAUCACACUAGGGGUUUAUUUACUGUUGUUGUUUGUUCAUAAUAUGAACUUCAUAUAUAGUUUUAAGCACUGAAUAAAAUUAUUCUAUAGUGUUUAAUAAAGGUUGUGUGAGUCUGACAUCCUGUAAGUGAAAGUAAGUAAGUGUGCUUUCUAUUGUAAUAUUGAAAACCUUUACAUACAGUAUGCUGCAGUACUUUUUGUUCAAUAAAAUUCAAGAAGGAGAAAUGCU